CGACUUGGCAAAGCACUCGACCGCUGACGGGCGUGGAUAAGCCAUUCGUUGCGUAACGACGUUCGGUUCAUUCCUGCACUGGAUAGCAUCGCAAAGCCUUGCAUCGCUCUACAGGCUGCAGCUGUGGCUCACUACUCACUGGCUGCUGCAUUGCUGCCGCACUACUCACUGGCUGCUGCAUUGCUGCCGCGCGCAAGUAGUUAAAUAAUGGCAACACUCCUCACAUUCCUCGGCCGCACCCUCUACCAGCACCGCCCAUUCAACGACGUCGACGAGGCGCACAUCCGCCGCGUCAGCAACGGCGCUAAUGUUGCCGCGGCGGCAAACCCGGGCCUGCGCGUGAUUCCGGGCUUCGUGGCAGCGGACGAGUUGGACGAGGUGGCGUCCUGUGCGCGUGAGUGCCUCGACCGCUAUGGACGCCAAAUGUUGCGGCCGAGAGAUAAGGCGUAUUUCGAAGGACAGAUGGCUCAUCUCACGAAGAGCGAACGACCAUUCGUAAACGCGGAGCGCGUCACGGGCCGGUUCGAGCGCCCGGACCAGCCGCUGGCACCCUGGGGCCACGGCGACGAGUUUGAUGUAGAAGCGCUGCCCGCGGUCUUGAGGAAGCUCGCCGAGCGCGCGCGCGCGUCGCCGCUCGCGCUCGGUCCGCUGCGCGACGUGACGAUCAACCGGCGGCGCGACGGCUACUUUCGGUUGGACCCACAUCUUGAUCCAGCGAAAGACGGGCCCAAUGUGUGUAUUGUCGGCCUGCUCUCGGACACGGUGCUGACGCUGUCGCCGGUCGGCCCGCCGGACUCGACGACGUGCGACCAGGAGGCGGUAUCUAUGAAUUCCUGGGACGCGGCCGAUGUAGACGUCCUCGCAACAAUCGGGACUCUCGUCCACUUGUCGGGCAAGGCGCGGAUGGAGCUCCACCACGGCAUCCGGCUGGGCGUCUCGCGGCGGCAGCUUUCGGAGGCCGGCGUUGACGUUGACGGCGACGUCCUCUACGACUGGUGGGGCGCGCCGGCCCGCCCAAUGAAACGGAACCGGGAGCGCAUCUCGAUCGUCUUCGCCUUCGGCGAGCCCUCGUUAAUAGACUAGUUUUGUGUUG